CUUCACCUUCACCUGCUGUUGAGAGCCUUCAGCUCCUCUCUGGAACCAACAUCAUUGAGGAAUCUGCUACUGUGAGUCUGCUUGGGUGUAUGUCCUUCCCCGCACACCCGCACACAGGAAGCGGAAGCGAUGGUGAAGCGAGUGGCAAUCGUUGGAGCUGGGGUGAGCGGUCUGGCCUCCAUUCGGAGCUGUGUGGAAGAGGGGCUCGAGCCCACCUGCUUUGAGAGGAGUGAUCAUGUCGGUGGACUGUGGCAGUUCUCGGAACAUGCAGAAGAAGGCCGGGCCAGCAUUUACCAGUCCGUGUUCACCAAUUCCUCCAAAGAAAUGAUGUGUUUUCCCGACUUUCCGUAUCCAGACCACUUCCCCGUUUUUAUGCACAACAGCAAACUCCAGGAGUACAUUGUCCUGUUUGCCCAGGAAAAGGAUCUUUUCAAAUACAUACAGUUUAAGACGUUCGUCCACAGCAUCAAAAAACGCCCUGAUUUCUCCACCACCGGACAAUGGGAUGUAGUCACGGAAAAGGAUGGGAAACAUGAAACAGCCGUGUUUGAUGCUGUAAUGAUUUGUUCUGGACAUCACGUUUAUCCCAAUUUACCAGUUGAUUCUUUUCCCGGACUGAAAGACUUCAAAGGCAGCUACUUCCACAGCCGGGAUUAUAAGGGACCAGAUGCAUUCGAGGGAAAGAGAGUCCUUGUGAUUGGCCUGGGGAAUUCUGGUUGUGAUAUUGCAACUGAGCUCAGUCACAAAGCUGCACAGGUCAUCAUCAGUUCCAGAAGUGGCUCGUGGGUGAUGAGUCGUGUUUGGGAUGAUGGCUACCCUUGGGACAUGGUGUAUAUAACGCGCUUUGAAAACUUUCUGAGAAACAACCUCCCCAAAUCCAUGUCCAACUGGCUCUACAUGAAGCAGAUGAAUACCCGAUUUAAACACGAGAACUACGGCUUGAUGCCUUUAGAUGGAACUUUGCGGAAAGAGCCUGUGUUCAAUGAUGAGCUUCCAGCCCGGAUCAUUUGUGGCAAGGUGACAGUCAAGCCCGACGUGGAGAAAUUCACAGAGUCCUCAGCCGUGUUUCAGGAUGGGACGGUGUUUGAGAACAUUGAUUCUAUCAUCUUUGCAACUGGCUACAGUUACGCGUAUCCCUUCCUCGAUGAGUUGAUCAUCAAGAGCAGAAACAAUGAGGUCACCUUGUACAAGGGCAUCAUUCCUCCUCCACUCGAGCAGCCAACUCUGGUGGUGAUUGGCCUUAUCCAGUCCCUUGGAGCAGCUAUCCCAACUACGGACCUGCAGGCCCGCUGGGCGGUGAGAAUAAUGAAGGGAUUGUGUCUUUUACCCUCUGUGAAAGAGAUGAUGGAUGACAUUGAUGAGAAAAUGGGAAAAAAACUCAAAUGGUACGGCCAGAGCCAGACUCUACAGACGGAUUACAUCGUCUACAUGGAUGAGCUUGCCUCUUCAAUAGGAGCAAAGCCCAAUAUGCUUGGGCUGUUCCUGAGCGACCCCAAGCUGGCUACUGAGGUGUAUUUUGGGCCAUGCAGCCCCUAUCAGUUUCGCCUGAGCGGCCCAGGGAAGUGGGCUGGAGCCCGAGAUGCCAUCCUGACCCAGUGGGACCGGACGCUGAAGCCCAUGUGCACACGAGUUGUCAGUGCUCCUCAGAAACCUCGCCCUCUCUCACAGAUUCUCAAGCUCCUUUGUCUUCCUCUUCUAGUUCUUAUGGCCUUGCUGGUAUUCACCUGA